AUGUCCGGUUUCUCAAUCCACCCAGUUGUGCUGGGUCACCCCGCUGACCUCCCACUCCCACUGCGGCAGGAGCGUUACGACCCGGAAGUGGAGGGAGUUAAGAAACCGUCACCCGCCAACUCCGGUCCCUUCUCGCAAUCAUCCCGCGCAGCCCUCACACUGAAGCUGUCGCCUCCGGACAACGGUGAAGCGAGUUGUUCUCCUUCAUCAUCACCUGCAGAGGCCAACACCAACGCCAACGCCAACGCCAACGCCAACGCCGACAUCGAUCCCGACGCCGACAUUGCGACAGCGAGAACCCCCACCGCCACAACCGCAGCCACAGCCGCAACCCCAGUUGCAACUGGGACAACAGCGACAGGAAUCCGGGAUCAUGAUUUUGUCGCCGAGUCGCAGCCCACUCUGCCAACAAUAGGCACCCUGGCUCCGCUGGAUCUCGACCUGUCGCAGCUCACCAGCAGCCACUCCGUCCCCGCCACUCCCGCUCCCGCUCCCGCCAGCUUCGUUCCCCCCCGCGGCCACCGCAAGAACGCCCCCUCGAUCGAGUCUGUCCCGAGACAGACAAUCAUGAAAGCACUGGCCUCGGUAGCACGCAACAACAAGCCCCAAGCCCUAUCGUUGACCGGCAUGCUCUCCGUACACGGCGCCCAGAACGGCGCCGACAAUCGGCCUGGUUCGGCCUCCUCGCAGCAGCUCUGUGACGCCCUCAACGGCCUCGCCAUAGCCCAAAAUGCCCGUUCCGUUGCCGCCGAGACCCCGACUGCCGCUUUCCCUUCGCUCCAAUCGCCCUGCUUCUACCACAACCGCUUCGAUGACGCCGUCGACAUCGACAAGGUCCUCGAGGAGAUCAAGCACGACCAGUACAUGUCGCACUCGCGCUUGGUGCAGACGGCCAAGGUCGUGCGCGAGGUGGCCAGGCAGCUCCAGCGUCAGCCCAUCAAGCGCGCCGUCAGGAACGUUAUGAUCGUGACCAAGGCGCGCGACAACCAGCUGGUCCUGCUCACCCGCGAAUUGACCCUCUUCCUGCUGCAAACCCCACGCUACGGGUCCGACGUCGGUGUCAACGUUUACGUGGACGCCAAGCUGCGCCACUCGAAACGGUUCGGCGCCAGGGGGAUCACGGAUCUCGACCCGCGUUUCCAGGGAAUGCUCAAGUACUGGACCCCCGACCUGUGCUGGACCCAACCGGAGAACUUCGACCUGGUUUUGACCCUCGGCGGCGACGGCACCGUUCUCUUCACAUCCUGGCUCUUCCAGCGCAUCGUGCCGCCCGUUCUGUCCUUCAGCCUGGGGAGUCUUGGUUUCAUGACGAGCUUCGAGUUUGAACGGUACAAGGAGCACCUGAACCGUGUGAUGGGCGAGGAUGGCAUGCGUGCGAAUCUCCGGAUGCGCUUCACAUGUACCGUGUACCGCGACACCCCUGCGGGCCAGGAGAUGGAGGAGGGCGAGCAAUUCGAGGUCCUGAACGAGCUGGUCAUCGACCGCGGGCCGUCGCCCUAUGUCUCCAACCUCGAGCUGUACGGCGACGAUGAGCUGUUGACCGUGGUCCAGGCGGACGGCUGCAUCUUCUCGACACCGACUGGUUCCACAGCCUACUCCCUCUCCGCGGGCGGCUCGCUCGUGCACCCCGACAUCCCCGCCAUCCUGCUCACGCCCAUCUGCCCGCACACGCUCUCGUUCCGGCCCAUGGUCCUCUCCGACACGAUGCUCCUGCGCGUGUCGGUGCCGCGCAACAGCCGCGCGACCGCGUACUGCGCCUUCGACGGCAAGGGCCGCAUCGAGCUCAAGCAGGGCGACCACGUCACCAUCACCGCCUCGCAGUACCCCUUCCCCACCGUCGUCCGCACCGACACCGAGUGGUUCGACAGCGUCUCCAGGACCCUCCGCUGGAACGUGCGCGCCGCCACCCAGAAGGGCUUCGAUGCUGGCGGCGGUGGUGGUGCAGACGGCUCGGUCGAGGGUAGCGAGGAGGACGAGGCGUGGGAUAUCGAUACCGACUCGGCGUGCUAUGCUAGCGAGGAGAACAGCACCGCGGCUAGCCCCCUGAGGAGGCAGAUGAGCAUGUUUGCCAUGUAG